UGAACCACUUCAUUACCGACAGCUUCAUUUGCUUUCACUUGUUUCAUGAGGUCAGGAGGGCCGAUUAUUAUAACAGUUCUGUUAUUAAACUGUUUUGUAAACUGCAGAAGAAAAUGUUUAUUCUCAUCUGUUUGUGCUCAUGGAGUCUGGCUGGUGUGUUUAGUGAGUCAGUGUCGGUGAUGGAGGGAGAAUCUCUCACUUUAAACGCUGGUGUUACUGAAAUGCAGCGCGAUGAUCUGAUAUUGUGGACAUUUGGACCCCUUCUCAUAGCUAAAAUCAAUGGAAAAGACAAUAAGAGAGAGUUUUACGAUGAAAGAUUCAGAGACAGAUUGAAGCUGAAUCAUCAAACUGGAUCUCUGACCAUCACAAACACCAGAACCACAGACUCUGGACUUUAUACAGUCACCAGCAGCAAAAUAGAGAUGCCGCUCAACACAUUCAAUAUCACUGUCUAUGCUCAUCUGCCUGUACCUGUCAUCAGCAGCAUGUCUUCACAAAAUCCAUCAUCAUCAGGAUCACCAGCAUCCAAAUGUUCACUGCUGUGUUCAGUGGUGAAUGUGACUGAUGUGACUCUCUCCUGGUACAAAGAAAACAGUUUAUUGUCCAACAUCAGUGUGUCUGAUCUCAGCAUCAGUCUCUCUCUACCUCUGGAGGUGGAAUAUCAGGAUAAAAACAUCUACAGCUGUGUGAUCAAUAAUCCUAUCAGCAACCAGACCAAACAUCUCAACAUCAGUGGACUCUGUCACACAUAUGCAGAUAAAGGCCUGUCCUCACUGUACACUGGGCUGAUCUCUGCUGCUGCUGUUGCUGGAUCUCUGUUGAUUGUAGUUGUAGUCUGGAUCUUGUGCAUCUGCAGGAAAGAGGGCAAGUAUUACCUACUGCUGAUAAAUGUGUAA